CUCUGUCAUGGUUUCUUGAAAAAAAAUAGUCCAAUUCUUAACUAUUUAAUUAACAAUUUAUUUAUCAAAACAGUAUAAUGAAAUUGUAUGAAUUGGCGUUUAUAUUUCUUCUGUUAAAAUUUGUUUUCCCCGUUAAAUUUAGUUCGGCGAAUUUUUGAAUUUGUCUGUCACACUGAAAAGCAAUUGUAGGGCUAAAUGCCGCCAAGGGGGCGGCAUUGCCAGAAGGUCUCGUGCAAUGCUGAAUUUGGAUCAAGAAGUAGGAACUUGGGAUACAGUAUUGUUAGAGUCCCUUACCGAAGAUAGUUUUAUAGCAAACCUACAACAGAGAUUUAAACGGGAUCACAUUUACACUUAUAUUGGAAAUGUUCUAGUUUCGGUUAAUCCUUACAGGAAAUUGGCACUUUAUUCCACUGAUUUGGUUGAAACCUAUGUCAGAAGAGCCCCUUUUCAGUUACCUCCCCAUAUCUAUGGUGUUGCAGAAUCAGCUUACAGAUGGUUAAAUGAUCGAGGAGACAACCAGUGUAUUAUUGUUACAGGAGAAAGUGGUGCAGGUAAAACAGAAUCCGCGAGAAUCGUUUUACAGUUCUUAGUGUUAGUUUCUGGAAAUAGUGCCGAAAUAAAAUUAGUUAAAGAUCGGUUAGUUCAGGCAAACACUUUAUUGGAAGCUUUUGGAAAUGCUAAAACUAUGAAGAACGAUAAUGCAUCAAGAUUUGGCAAGUUUUUGGACAUAGAAUUUGAUUUUAAAGGAGACCCCAUUGGUGGACAUCUAACAAACUAUUUUUUGGAAAAGUCUAGAAUUACAAAUUUGGCACCUAAUGAGCGAAAUUUUCAUAUUUUCUACCAGCUGUUAUCUGGCGCAGAUAUUCAUCUACUCAAAUGUCUAAAACUACAAAGAAACGUAGAACAUUACUCAAUCCUUCAAAAUAAAUCUAAUGUUCCAACUGCCACUGAAGAAGAUGACAAAAAAUUAUUCGUUUAUACCAGAGGAGCCCUAGAGAUUUUAGGGUUCAUUCCUAGCGACAUCAUUGAUAUUUUUAGAGUUCUAGCUGUAAUUUUAAAAUUAGGAAAUUUACAAUUCGUGCCUUGCAAUAACAUAGACGGUACAGACGGGUGUUCUAUUAGUAAUGAUUAUGAAUUAUUUGAGAUCUGUGAACUGUUAUUGGCAGAUAACAGGUGGAUUCAACGGAUCCUAACUACACGACAAAUCGAUGACGGUAUUAUAACAGACCUGAAUGCAAUAGAAGCGUCUAAAACCCGAGAUAUAUUAUGUAAUACGUUAUAUAGUAGAUUAUUUUCGUGGCUGAUUAAUCAAAUAAACGAUUCUAUAAAAGCAAAAACUUUAAGCAAAAGAAAAAUAUUGGGUGUGUUGGAUCUGUAUGGAUUUGAACAAUUUAAAGAAAAUAGUUUCGAACAAUUAAUUAUAAAUUAUUGCAAUGAAAAGGUUCAUCAGUUUAUUACUAAUAUUUGUUUGAAAGAUGAGCAAGAAGAAAUGGUGAAGGAGGGGCUAGAAUGGACCAAAAUCGAUUUUUUUAAUAACAUAAUAAUCUGUCAAUUGUUAGAAAACGAAAACCACGGUAUAUUAUCAUUACUAGAAGAACCCCAUAUACAAACAGAUAGUGAUUAUUUAACAAGAUUGGAACAGUGUUGUUCAGGACAUAUGCACUGUUUAAUAGAUGAAGUAAAUUCACCAAAUAGUUUUCAGAUUAGGCACUUUGCUGGUCCAGUAACGUACAAAAUCCAUGGAUUCGUGGAGAAAAACCAUGACAAUCUUCCCAAAGAGCUUUCCAGAGCUAUGUUUCGUUGCGACCUAAAAAUUAUGCAAGGAUUGUUUCCUGAAGGGAAUCCCAAAAGAUGUAGUUUUAAAAGACCAGUAAGUAAAGCUAGUCAAAUCCAAGUGUCUUUAAAUGCGCUGUUGAAAAGUUUAGCUAGUCGUCAAAAUCAUUAUAUUAGAUGUAUAAAACCAAACGAUAUGAAACAGCCUAGACUUUUCGAAAUCGGAUUAGUUCAGCAUCAAAUUAGGUACAUGUGCCUGUUAUCGACUGUACAAGUAUGGAGAUCAGGCUACUGCCACAAAAUGCCUUUUAUCUCUUUCCUAUGCCGGUACAAAAUGAUUUGCCCGCAUACCUGGCCUAAAUGGCGCGGAUCGGCCAUAGAAGGAGUUUCUUUGUUGUUGAGAAGUUUGCCCAUUCCUAGUGCUGAGUUUACUUUCGGCAGAUCAAAGCUUUUUAUUCGAAGUCCAAGAACGGUUUUUGAGCUGGAGGAUUUUAGAAGAGCCAGAUUGCAAGAUUUGGCAUUGUUGAUUCAAAAAACAUGGCGCUGUUACAAGGAAAAAAAGAAAUAUCAAAAAUUAAGAAGGGCUCAAAUGACCAUCGCUUCUGUCUGGCGCAGUUGGAGGGCUAGGGAACUGUACAGACUGUUGCGACACAAAAAACAAGUUGAAUGGGCGGCUAAAGUGAUCCAAAGACAUUAUAUUCAAUGGAAAAGGAGACAAUACCUGUUAUCGCUGCCAAAAAGACUGCCGGCUGACAGCGAAUCGCCUCUUUGCCGCGACUGGCCGACUUGUACGCCAUCUAUGCACGAAACCGACGCUCUACUUCGCCGGAUCUACCACAGAUGGCGCUGUCACAAGUUCCGGUUGGGCUUCGAUCAGACUGCGCGGAACCGUAUGCGCGAGAAAGUGACGGCUAGCUUUAUUUUUAAGGACAGAAAAUGUUCGUAUCCUCGUAGCGUAUCUCAUCCAUUUUUGGGCGAUUAUGUCAGAUUGCGACAAAAUAUUCAGUGGAAAAAGAUGAGCUUGGAAAAUAACGAUCAGUACGUUGUAUUUGCUGAUAUUAUCAACAAAAUUGCGAGAUCUAGUGGAAAGUUUGUUCCCAUAUUAUUGGUGAUAUCGACCCGAUCGAUGCUCAUUUUGGAUCAGAGAACGCUCCAAGUUAAGUACAGGGUUCCGGCCUCGGAAAUAUACAGGAUGUCCUUGUCUCCUUUUUUAGAUGACGUAGCUGUUGUACACGUAAAGGCGUCGUCGGUAAUGAAUCCAGAAACGUCAAGCGUGACAUCUGACACUCCGGGAUGUCUGUUCCAAAACGAUUUGGGCAAGAAAAAGGGCGAUUUUGUGUUCCAAACUGGUCACGUGAUAGAGAUCGUUACCAAGCUGUUUUUGGUGGUUCAAAAUGCUACUGGCAAACCGCCUGAAGUUAACAUCACCACGGAAUUUGAGGCUAACUUUGGUUCUCAAACGGUGACGUUCACGUUCAAGUGCGGCCUGCCCGAGGUCCAGCCCGGUCAAAUACGGGUCUUGAGAAAAGGAAACAAGAUGGAGGUGCUCGUGUGACAACGUGAAAAAAUCGAAAUACAUAUCGAUGAAUCCAGCGACUCAAACACUGCCACUUUAACAAUUUUUUAUUCAAAUUUUGGUUUCGGUUUUUUCAAAAAAUGCACAACCUUUAUUUUGCAGCAAUGUGGAAAAGAAAAAUCUGUAUUCCAACUAACACGAAAUCAUUUUUUUUUUUGUAUUUUUAAUAAUAAUUAAUAACUUUUAAAUAUAUUAAUUAAAAUUCGUUUGGCAAUUAUAAAUGGUAUUGGAUUUGAUUUCCAAAAUAGUAAAAAAUUACCAGAUUCAAUCAUUCACACGCAAAAUAUUCAAUAUACAGGGUGGUCCGAACUGUAUUCCGGAAACUUCAGUAGCAUAUUCUGCACAUAAAAAUAAGUAAAACAAUUC